AUGAGCCAGCCUGGUUUGAGCGCAUUCCUCAGCAAUCCAGAAACAGAUGACACCCUGCAGAAUAUAAGGCGCGAGUAUCUCGCCUCUAAGAAGAAUCUCCAAAACCUGCUCGUUACGAGUCCUACCAGGGCUCGGACAAGGCCGCUCCAACAGAUCCCGACGCCUCCAAUCAACGGAUCCAAAGAAAGGGCAGACGAUGACAAGCUGCGACAGCAGCUUCGAGAAGGCUUGCAGCCCGAUAGGUUCAUGAACAGGCCACCUCAGGUGCCGAUACCGACGGCUGCACGCAGUGACAUUGAAAACCUCCGAUCAAUGCUUUACAGCCAGCAGCGAGUUAUAGACGAACUGACACGCGGGCUUGAUGCCCAGGUGAUCCGAAACUCGGCACUCGAAAACCGUGUCAGCAUGCUGGAACGUUACAUUACCCGUCUAGAGUCUCAAGGCAACUCCAGGUCCCCUGAACCUCAGCUCGUAGAUGAGGGAAUUUCCAGACGUUUAAGACAGCAAUACACCCCGCUAUACACGGACGAUGAGAAUACGCGCGUACUGCUCAACUCUGGUGCCGUCGAUCGCCCGGAUAGACAGAUUUCCAAUUUUGAUGAUUCUACGACCAAGUUAUUACAAAUAGCCCGCGACACAAGCCGUUGGUAG